AAUAAUGAAUGUCCUACUCAAAGGUAUGAAAUAAUUAAGUUACCGCCCUUCAUUUCAAUAUUGGCUUAGUGCUCAUCCAACUACCAAAAGCAUAUCCUAAUUGAGUCCAAGAUAAUUAUUAGACACAGCCUUAAUUAAAAGAAUCUGUCAAAAGCAAAUCCCAAAACAUACUAUUAUGAGUCAAUUUUGUCUUUGGCAUGGCAAAUAACCAAAAUCAGGAAACCAGACUUGUUUUUCAGAAAAAAAGUGAGCAUAUUCCAUUCAUAAAUAGAACUCGACGAUCUUGGAUGCCGAAUGUUCAAAAAUAAACUUAUGAAUCCUUAAUUUUAGGGAGAAGAAUACAUGUUAAAGUUACUGCAAAGACAAUGAAAUGUAUUCGAAAGGCUGGCAGUUUUGAUAAUUACAUUUUAUUGACGAAACCCUAAGAUUUAGAUUCUAUUUAUGGUGAAUAUUUAAGAAAAUUGAUGCUUACUAAAAUUAAUGACCCCUCUUUUGAGGUUAAUAUUUUACUAAAUAUUUAGAUACCACACGUUUUAAAAGCUAGGCCUCACAAAUACUCAAGAAGAGCUCAAAGAUUCAGCAGAAGACCUGCAGUUGUAUGGCAUCCACCUGAAAUCAGACAUAAAGAUUUGACAUUUUUGAAAAUAAGAACACCCAAUGAAAUGAAUCCUGAAGAAUUAAGAAAAUUGAGAGAAUAUGACUCUUUGAAAGAUAAGGUAGAUACCAUUAAAUUUCUUAGUUUGAAGAUACUAAUGAUGUUAUGCAUCCAGUUUUAAAUGAAAAGUUCUUUUAGGAUGAAAAAGAAUGGCCUGAAUUUGCAAAAGUCGAAGGAGAGAAAGCUUUGGCUGAAUUUUUAAAGAAGAAAGAUAAGGAGAAAAUCAGACUUACAUUAAAAGCAGUUGAAGAAGGAUAAAGAGAUGUUGAUAAAGCAUUGGGGAAUAUUUGAUUGUCAAUUUGAUAUAGCAAUUAUAAUAAAAGACAUUAAAAGUAAUUUAUUG